AUGAUUUCAUCAAGCAGUAUAUCCAAAGUGUAUGCCGAUGUUUUGGCGUCAAAGCCACAAUCCUAUUGGGAUUAUGAUGAUCUCAACAUUAAAUGGAACCCCCAAGAAAAUUAUGAGAUUAUCAAAAAAUUGGGGAGAGGUAAAUAUUCAGAAGUGUUCUUAGGAAUCGAUCUCGUGAAAGGAGAGAAAGUUGUGAUCAAAGUAUUGAAACCGGUUAAGAGAAAAAAAAUUAAAAGAGAAAUUUCGAUUUUGAAGAAUUUGGUUGAUGGGCCCAAUAUAGUGGCAUUGUUGGAUGUUGUGAGGGAACCGCAGCUGAAGACGCCAGGGCUUAUUUUUGAAAACAUCAACAACAUAGAUUUCAGAACUCUAUACCCUACGUUUACUGACUACGAUAUCAGAUUCUACAUGUAUGAGCUAUUAAAGGCAUUGGAUUAUUCUCAUUCCAUGGGUAUCAUGCACAGAGAUGUGAAACCACACAAUGUAAUGAUUGAUCAUGAGCAAAAGAAGUUGCGGUUGAUAGAUUGGGGGUUGGCCGAGUACUAUCAUCCAGGCACAGAAUACAAUGUGAGAGUGGCUUCACGAUACUUUAAAGGACCAGAAUUGUUGGUUGACUAUAGACUAUACGAUUAUUCACUAGACCUUUGGUCAUUCGGGUGCAUGCUAGCCUCAAUGGUAUUCAUGAAAGAACCAUUCUUCCACGGGAAAUCAAAUACCGAUCAAUUGGUACAAAUUGUGCGUGUCUUGGGAUCCAACAACUUAAACAAGUACUUGGACAAGUACAAUUUGACUUUGGGCGAUGAAUACGAAGAUAUUGGAUACUAUAAUAGAAGACCUUGGGAACGUUUCAUUAAUGAAAACAACCAGCAUCUUGUGUCGAAUGAAUUUUUGGAUAUUAUUGACAAAUUGUUGAGGUACGACCAUCAAGAGCGAUUGACAGCUAAGGAAGCUAUGCAACAUCCUUAUUUUGAUCCAGUCAGAGGUAACUCCCAGCUGUAG